GACGCGGCCCGGGCGGCGCCACGGAGCUAUUACCAAGAUUUAAUCGGAUCGUUAUGUCAUGACCUCGAAACCAGACGAUUCUGUCCUGAAGCAAAGCUAUCAUUGAUCAUCAGAGUCACUGCCAGCUCUCGAUACCCGCCGGACCGUCACAAUGUCAACUCUCGAACCCCGACCUCCGUACUCAGAAGCUGAGAUCAAGAACCUUUAUCCGCCUCAACUACGUCUGCAACUCGUCCAGAUCCUUCUCCGUCACGGCGAACGCACACCUAUCACCGCUCGCUUCACUUCCACAGGCCUUGCACCUUUCUGGCCAUACUGCUCUGCAGCUCGUCGUUUAACCAGCGUCAUUCUCGAUCCUUCUGCCACCGACACCCAUGUCGAUCCCGCCGACAACCCAGGCCUUACUGCUCUCGAGUGGAAGCGCCGUCUCGAGACCUUUGGGCCUGAUGAUGCGCCUAUCUUAGCCACUGGCCGCAAUGGCGAGCUUGAUGCUAUCUGCGAUAUGGGCAUGUUGACCGAUCGUGGACGAGAAACAACGUAUAAUCUUGGCCAGCGCCUGCGCCAUCUCUACGUCGAUCAGCUUCGCUUCUUGCCGGAAAAACUCGCUUUUGACACUGACACAGCUGCCAUCUACCUCCGCGCUACACCUAUACCCCGCGCUCUUGAAUCUCUUCAGCAAGCUUUCUACGGCCUCUACCCUCCCUCAGCUCGCGCCUCUGGCCUUCAUCCUCCCACAAUCCUUACUCGAUCACCUGCUGACGAAACCCUCUUCCCCAAUGAUGGCAACUGUCGACGCUUCGCUGCUCUCGCACGCGCUUUUGCUCAGCGCUGUGCUGAUCGCUGGAACGACUCCGACGAGAUGGCAUAUUUGACAAAACGCCUUGGUCGCUGGAUGCCUGAGGAACACCCACACGUUGCUGUGGACUCUCGCCCUCGCCUUAGUGGUAUCAUGGACACUAUCAAUGCUACAAAGGCCCACGGUCAAGCCACUCGGUUACCUAAAGAGUUCUACGAUCGAGAAGUCAAGCGAAUUAUUGAGAAGAUCGGUGUUGAGGAGUGGUAUGCCGGAUACAAAGAGAGUGAGGAGUACCGCACUCUAGGCAUUGGUGGACUUCUCGGAGACGUUGUCUCUCGUAUGGUCGGCAGUGCUGAGCGUUCUACUGCUGAUGGCGAGUAUGAGCUGGCUCUCAACAAGAAGGUAUCUGCUACUACACCACAACCUGUACGAUUUGGAAUGAGCGGUUGUCACGAUACCACUCUUGCUGCCACACUCGCCAGCCUCGGCGCCUUCAACGAAGAGGCCUGGCCGCCUUUCACAAGUCACGUCGCGAUUGAACUAUUCCGUCACGUCAAUGCAGGCGCCACACCUCCCCCUGAAGCCCCUAAACCCACUGGCUUCCUGUCCUUCUUCGGCUUGGGUAGUAAAGGAGCCUCCCAUGCUGGAUUACCACCCCCAGGCAUCGGUCGGAAGAAGACUCCAGACCUAACAGAGAACGAAAAGGAGCGCCUGAAGGGUUACUAUGUCCGCCUGCGCUACAAUGACCGCCCGGUGACUAUCCCUGGCUGUGCACCAACAGGCAAGCAUCUUGAUGGUGAUGAGUCCUUUUGCACUUUGGAGGCCUUCAAGGAGAUUGUGGAUAAGUUCACACCCAUAAACUGGAAACAACAGUGUCGCACCAAUAUAAAGGACCCAGCCUUUCCUUCUAAGCCCGAGCCAUCGGGAUAUUAAUUGUGAAAAUAAUCUGCAAGCACAUGGGAGGUAACCGAGAUCCUCUAAUAUUUAACACUGCCGCAGUCCUGGAGACUGCGUGCAUUUACCAUUAGGCUCUAAUCUCUUUCUGCUCUCAACGACCUCGAGACCUCAAAUCGGCGGCUAUAAACUAAUUGGGUACAUACAUAAGACACCACCCAUGUAGAAGAACUGAACUGUCACAGACAUAAAUAGACAUAUUGUUAAGUGAUCAUAUGAUCUGCGUUCAAGACUGUAGUGCCUAACC